AUACUAUGCGCAUACAUCGAGCAGAGAAAUAUGACAUAUGAAGCUGACACUAUCCUGUGAUCUAAUGGGGUUGUCUCCAAGCGGAAAUAGAAGGUACAAAGAAUUACAACUGACAAUAGCCUCCUUGGCCUGAAGGUUGAAGGCUAAUACUGACGCUACCCAGGUGGGAAUCCUGAAAAUGGCAGUUAAAUUGAAAAAAAAUAUGAAGAACCUCUCUCACAAUUAUACUAAGGCCCAGGCGAAAGUGGGUGAAGCAACAAGCAAUGAUCCUUGGGGUCCUUCCUGCACAUUGAUGUCUCAGAUUGCAGACAUGACUCACAAUAUUGAUGCUUUCGGUGAAAUCAUGCAAAUGAUCUGGAAGCGAUUGAAUGACCACGGGAAGAAUUGGAGACAUGUCUAUAAGGCCUUAGUUUUGCUGGAAUAUCUAAUCAAAAGAGGCAAUGUUAAAGUGGCCCAGCAGUGCAAGGAGAACAUUUUUGCGAUUCAAACUCUUAGGGACUUUCAGCAUUUGGAAGAAAAAAAGGAUUUCGGACUGAAAGUACGGGAGAAAUCAAAGCAGGUGGUAGCUCUGCUCACUGAUGAAGGGAAGCUCUAUAGUGAGAAAGCAAGAGCAUUGAAGGCCAGGGAACGUUUUUCUCAACCCAUUGUCAUCCUUGGAAGUGAAACCAAUACGACAAUGAUGGAUGCUGCCAAACAUGAAAAUAUAUUGGCAUCUUCUCCUUUCCAGUUUGGUGGUGCAGGAGCUCCAACGCAUCUAACCAAGACAAAAGGCUCUGCUUCUGCGUCAACAUUCAUAUUCAAUCCCACUCCUAGGUUUCCACAAGAAUAUACACUCGACCCCCCAUAUAAUAUGACCUAUCUAAACCAAAUGCAAAUACAGAGAGGGCUGGCCAUGAAUGCAACACAGCAGCAAGUCCCUCCUGGUGCUGCAUCGCAGGCUCCUCUCGUUCCCAGUGCUCCCGAAGAGGUUCCACGGCCUAGAAGUCGAUUGGCCCUCAUUUAUCCAGAGACAAGUCGCAAUGUUCUUGAUGAAAAGUUUGAGAAAUACACGUGCGUCUAUCCACAUGGGGAUAUGAGGAAUAGUGAAAUGUAG